AAGCCCAGCUCCGGACGGCUGGCAUUGGCAGCUGAGGGCAAUGGAGACUCCGCCUUCUCACCCGAACUUUCAAAGAUCUCAGAAAAGGGAGUUGACAAAGCAGGAAAGAGCAGCAAGAGUCAUCCAGAGGGCCUGGAGAACUUUCCUUAAUGUCUCGGUAUUCCAGCACUUUAAAAGUCUGAUUGAUUUACGAAAACAAGGGGAGCCGCGUCAGAUAGUGAGAUACAUCGAUCCUAAAGAGGCAGAAUUUCUAGAUGCUGCUGCUGGCGUUCAUGUGCGCUUCAGAUUUGGGGGAGCUAAAUUUCCACCUGACAUAUAUUAUAAAGUUUUUACUCACAGACAUAUUGAGGAUUUGUGUGCCAACAGCCCUCGUGAUUACACAAGGCUCCCAGCGAAACGCGCAUCUCAUAACAAGGACGACCAUCUUCAGGAAGAGGACCACAGUGGCUGGUAUCGUCGAGUAGAAAACAACGGCUGGCGGCCUGUGUCUGAUAGGUUUUGGAUGCCAGCUGGCAGUGAAGUGGUAGAAGACAAAAAGGAAAGAGAAUUCCAUUUCUCUAAACUAAAGAGAAGGCAGGAUUUGGAAAGAAAAAGAAAAGUUAGAAAAAUAGAAUGGAUGAGACAAAUGUACUACGCAGGCAGCCUAGAGGCCAAGUCCACUCACUAUGAAACUGUAGGUUUAAUUCAUACAGCAACAAAGGGGCUCAUAAGAGCCAUGGAAGAAGGUGGGAUAGAUUCCGUGAUGGAAUGGGAAGUGGAUGAAGUGCUGAACUGGACAAACACCCUCAACUUUGAUGAGUACAUGGCCAGCUGGAAGCAAAUUGCUACAAGCAACUCCUCAGCUCACUUCAAAGGUUUCCGUUUUCAGCAAGCAAAGAAAAAUAUGUAUGACUACGAAGAUGAAUCAAACGCACAAAUGGGAGCACCGUAUAUUUUAUAUGAAAAUGGUUAUGGAAAACCACACUCUACUAGAUUAACACCCGACUCCACUUACGGAAUGGAAGCAUAAUGGAUUUUUAAUUUCUGAGCUCUGGGCCAUUAAGUCCUGCAUUUAUCAGCUGGAACUAAGAGACAGCUCAGUCUGACUAGAAUAACUUGAAAAUGGAUUCUUGUCACAGAAUC